AUGCCACGUACGGUUCUUCUCAGACUCUCGGAAUAUGGCGAGCCUUGUAACAACGAGGCCGUGCUGAACGGUGUCUUGACCCUUCCUGCUGUUAGACCGCUUCCUGGUUACAAGCCGGGAGAUGCGAUCUUCAACUUGAGGUUCCACAUCGACGCUGGCUCGGCCAUCACUAGCAACGGUGUUUUGCACACCAACGUUCCGGAAAACAGCAAUACUUGCUUUGAUAGAACAAAGUUCCGCGCGCUUCCUAUCGAGUUGUCCUUCCAUAAGGAUAGCUCCGUGGUGGUGCCGAUCUACUCCACAGGCCCAUUCUCGUACUACAUCACGUACUCGGAGAAUGGUGACGAAAAACGUUCCAAGACGUACUACUUCACAGUGCCUCCACAAUUGUCCUUGAAUGGUGAGUACCUCCCCUUCAAUGCCAUCAACAUACAGACUCUCGUGUCCAAGUUCGCCGGUCCGCUCGAGAAAUGGGACGAUUUGUUUGCUUAUGUCUCUGGAAAGGGCUACAACAUGAUCCAUUUUACUCCGUUGCAACACAGAGGCGAGUCGAAUUCCCCAUACUCCAUUUUCGACCAACUACAAUUUGAUCCGACCCUCUUCAAGUCCAAUGACGAAGCUGUGAAAUUCAUUGGUGGCCAGCUUAAGAGCCACAAUUUGUUGUCCAUGACUGACAUCGUUUUCAACCAUACCGCCAGCAAUUCUGCAUGGAUCCGUGAGCAUCCUGAUAGUGGUUACAAUGCCGAGACUGCUCCACACUUGAGAAGUGCUAUUGAGCUCGAUGGUGCAUUUUUGACCUUCUCCGAUAAAUUGGCUGAACUUGGCCUCCCAACUGAACUCUCCUCUGAGCUGGAUUUGGAUUCGAUCAUGACUGGUAUUCAGCACCAUGUCUUGGAUCCUCUCAAAUUGUGGCAAUACUAUGUAUUCGACAAGGAAGCCAUCCUCAAAGAACUCCAAGAAUAUGAUUGCGAGAAAGUCGAGCCUGCAGAAAUACCCUCUACUGUCGACUUGUCUGAUUUGAAGAGCUUGUCUGAAUUCGUCCUCAAAACAGCCAACGAGAACAGUGAAGUUGUUUUUGCUGACAGAUUCUCAAACAAGAUCAAUGCCACAAAGUUUCUCAGUAUCCUCUCGGCAGUCUAUGGUUGCAAAUCCGAUCAGCUCACCUCUAAGGCUACCGAAAUUAUUGACCAAAUCAAUGCUGGCUUGUACGCUCAGUAUGAUGACGAUCUUGCUUCCAUUAAGAGCCAAACACAAAACAGAAUUCGCUACUUGAGAUUAGACGGCAAUGGACCAAAGUUGGGUCCUAUCACUAAGGAGAACCCCCUCACUGAAUGCUACUUCUCGAGAUUCAAGGACAAGUCCGGAAAGAACUGGGCUUUGGCCAACAACGGUUGGAUCUGGGCUGGAAACCCUCUUGUCGAUUUUGCGUCCAAUCAAUCCAAGGCCUAUAUCAGAAGAGAGGUCAUCAUUUGGGGCGACUGUAUUAAAUUGAGAUUUGGUAAGGGCCCUGAAGAUUCUCCAUACUUAUGGAAGAGAAUGACCGAGUACAGUAAAAUGUGUGCUAAGAUUUUCGAUGGUUUUAGACUCGAUAACUGUCAUUCGACCCCACUUCAUGUUGGAGAGGCUUUGUUAGAUGCUGCUAGAUCUGUCAAUCCUAAUUUGUAUGUCGCCGCAGAGUUGUUUACAGGCUCGGAACAAAUGGACCAAAUUUUUGUUGAAAGAUUGGGUAUCAAUUCUUUGAUUCGUGAGGCUAUGCUGGCUUGGAAUGUCGAUGAGCUCUCGCGUUUGGUCCACAAGCACGGUGGCAGACCUAUUGGAUCUCUCACUUGGUUGCCUUUGGAUGAAUUCGCUUACCCAGCAGGACAAGAGCCUCAGGCAAACAAGUAUGUGGAGAGCAGUUCUGAGCUCGAGAUUCCAAAGGUGCUUUCUCCUCAAGUUCCUCACGCGUUGUUUAUGGACUGCUCGCAUGACAACCAAACUCCUUCACAAAUUAGAACAGUUGAGGAUACCUUGCCAACAGCUGCCUUGGUUGCAUUUUGCUCCUCAGCAGUUGGAAGCGUCUUCGGCUACGAUGAGACUUAUCCAAAACUUUUGGACAUUGUUCAAGAGACUAGAGCCUACUCUUAUGACAAGAAUAGUGGUAUUGCGAAGGCCGUGUCACAGCUUAAUGAAGUCAGAAAGAACCUUUCCUCCGAAAGUGAUGAUUCUUACCAAGAUCAAGAGAUGUAUGUCCACCACGAAGGCCAAUAUAUCACGAUUCAAAGAUACAAUACAAUCACAGGAACUGGUUGGUUUUUGAUUGCAAGAGCAAAAUUCGAAGGCCACCCCGGACAUCAAGUGUUGCUGCCUGUCGACUUGAAAGGCACAGAAGUCAAACCCGAGUUUGCAUACACUUUGAAGAAGACCGGCGAAUUCCAAGAUGACCCAAAGAUUCUUCUUGGUACCCCAACAGAAUUAGUUGAACUCGAGUUCCCUCAAGUUGAGACGAAUGGCGAAGAUUCCGUCAUCAGGGUCACAGAUUCCUUUGCACCUGGCUCGAUUGCUGUCUUCUCCACUAAGAUUCCAAAGGCAAAUGCAUCUCUUGACAAAUUUGUAAAGGAGGGAGCAAUCGAAGCCUCUUUGGACUUGAAUUUGUAUGAUUUGAAUGCUUUGUUGUACAAGUGUGACCCUGAAGAAAGAGAUGCAAGCAGUGGCACUGAUGGAACUUAUGACAUUCCAAACUAUGGUCACUUGGUUUACGCGGGCCUCGAAGGCUGGAUCAGUAUCCUCAAGGAUAUCAUUUGGAAGAAUGAUUUAGCACACCCUCUUUGUAACCAUUUGAGAGAUGGAUUGUGGGCAGCAGACUUCGUAGUCAACCGUUUAGACAAGUAUGCUAAGGACUCAAAGGCAAUCAAGAAAUUCCAAGACUGGCUUCGGUCCAGAAUUGACGCUAUCAGAGAAGUACCUUACUUCUUGAGACCUCAUUACUUUGCACUUAUUGUUGGAAUUUCGUAUGAAGCUGUACGCUUCAGAGCUAUGAGAUUGAUGACCAAGGAUAUUCAGGUUGGAACCAAUUUUGUUCAAAGUUUGGCCCUCACCUCGGUCCAAAUGGUAGGCUUCAUGAACAACACUUCGUUGGUUCCAGCAGAAAAGGUUGCUGCCAUGGCUGCUGGUCUCCCUCAUUUCAGUAACAGUUACAUGAGAUGCUGGGGAAGAGAUGUUUUCAUCGCAUUCAGAGGUUUGCUUCUUGUCACAGGUAGAUUUGAUGACGCUAAAGAACAUAUCCUAGGCUUUGCUAAGACACUCAAGCAUGGUUUGAUUCCAAACUUGUUGGACGCUGGUAGAAACCCAAGAUACAAUGCUAGAGACGCUGUGUGGUUCUUCGCCCAAGCUGUUCAGGAGUAUGCUCUUCAUGCACCAGACGGAGAAAAGAUUUUGGAUGAAAAGGUGCUGAGAAGAUUUCCUUUGGAUGACACAUGGGUCUCAUGGGAAGAUGAAAGAGCAUUCAGUUACGAAACUUCAAUCAGAGACAUUUUGUAUGAGCUUUUGUCGCGUCACGCUAAGGGAAUUUCCUACAGAGAAGCCAAUGCCGGACCAAAUCUUGACUCGCAAAUGAAAUCGGAAGGUUUCAAUGUCAAGGUUUAUGUAGACUGGGAAACGGGUCUUGUUCAUGGUGGCUCCAGAACCAACUGUGGCACAUGGAUGGACAAGAUGGGCGAGAGCGAGAAAGCUGGUAACAAGGGAGUACCAGGUACACCUAGAGAUGGUGCCGAUGUGGAGUUGCAAGGUCUUCUUAAGAGUACUUUGAGAUUUGUCAAUCAGCUCAACAAAAAGGGCUUGUUCCCAUACCUGGAUGUCGAGAAACCAGAUGGCUCCAAAAUUUCUUUGGAAAAGUGGGAGUCCUUGGUUCAAGACAACUUCGAGAGAUGUUUCUACGUUCCCCUUUCCGCCUCUGAUGAUCACAAGUAUGUCAUCGAUGCUUUAUUGGUGAACAGAAGAGGAAUUUACAAAGACAUUCAUGGAUGCGGAGAGCCUUAUGAGGACUAUCAAUUGAGAGCCAAUUUCCCCAUUUCGAUGUGUGUUGCCCCUGAGCUUUUCACUCCCGAGCACGCUCUAGCAGCCAUUAAAAUGGCCGACGAAGUCAUUCGCGGACCCGUUGGUAUGAGAACAUUGGAUCCAUCGGAUUGGAACUACAAACCUGACUACCACAACAGUGAUGACAGUGAUGAUUUUGCCACCUCUAAGGGAAGAAACUAUCACCAAGGCCCUGAGUGGGUCUGGUGUUUCGGCUACUUCAUCAGAGCCUUCCUUUAUUUCAGAUCAAAGGCCGAAAAGAGUGACAACAAGGAUGUGCUCGAAGCCAUUAAUGCAAGACUUCGCGGUCACCGCAAGUGGAUUCGCGAGAGCCCAUGGGCUGGUUUGACUGAGCUCACCAAUAAAGAUGGAUCGAUGUGUAAUGAUUCGAGUCCAACUCAAGCAUGGAGUUCUUCAUGUUUGUUGGAUUUGUAUUAUGAUGCUUGGAUCAAGUAA